CCUCCUAUCGGGAAACAAAAGAGAGAGAGAGAGAGGGACGAUAGGAAGGGGAAAAGCAGAAGAAGAAGAAGAAGAAGAAGAAGAAGAAGAAGAUUCAGCAGCAACAAGAGAUGAUGAAGAAGACGCAAACGAUUUUCGGCAAGUACUGGCGUAGAGGUUUUUCAUCCAUCGCUUCUUCCCCUCUGACCUCGAGGGUCAAGCAGGAGUUGGCGGAGCAGAAUGGCUUGGGUCUCUUUGGAGCAUUUAUUGGUGGAUGGUGUAUCAAAGCUUCCAUAAAUGUUUACAAGAAAAGAGAGCAUUGGUACAGAGUGGACAGAUUGUCUAAAGAGAACGACGAGCGUUUUGUUGAUCUGUUGACUAGAUCUUCCCAGCUCACAAUGGCAAGGACUGAAGCCAGUCGCAAACGUUUGAUGGAUAUGAAAGACAGAGUCGAUUCUGACUAGUCUCUUCCCCGAUGGCAAUCUCUCUCUCUCUCUCUCUAUCUAUCUAUGUAUUUCGGUGCUCUACUGAUCUUGUUUGUACACCACAGAUUCUAAAAAUUUGGCUAGCUCAUUACAAACACUUGAGGAUAUUGAUAUUUUCAAUAUCUUAACAAGAUAUUUAUGUUAUUACAAAAGCAACAUAUUAUAAGUA